AUGUCAGUGUUGGCCACUCUCAUGCCUUCCUUUAGCUUCAAUACACAGCAACAGGUCACAACCAGCCAGCACCCUAGCUACAGGAAACCUGUCCACCACCACGCAGCAAGCACGUAUGCCUGGUACCCUCUGCCGCAGCACACUGCAGCAUUCCAACACGCUGAACCAAUAUGUAGUAUGGCAGACAAUUUCAAACUUACCACGAACUAUGCGACAUCAGCUUCCUCCACUCCACCUGGCACUGGCAAGCCACUCCCUCAACACAACUGUGUCAAGCAACUUGAUCGACCGAUCUUCGGGGGAAUUUACUGUAGCCACACAUACAAUCUGCGUUUCCAAUCAUUGCGAUGA